UAUAUUAAGCCGUGUAAUUAUAACAAUUUGUAAUAUUACAUACAGUUGUUAAUUACAUAAUUUACUGUAAUUUAUAUAAUUGUAGAGUUGUUGUAAUUGUGUGGGUGAAAGAUUCUGUUCUAUAGGAAGAAGUGCGAAUAUGUAAAUUCUUCGAGGUGGAUGCGCGCGAGAGAGAAUUUCUAAGGAUACUCGGCAUUGAUCCCUGGAUGCGCAAGCGCGGACCAACAAAUUUUCACCUACUUCCAUCGUUCCCGAUCGUCGGUGAGUCCGUUCGUCGUACUCGGCGAACAAAGUAACACGGUCGUCUAUUUUCGUUUACCUGAGGAAGCAGUCGCUCCCCGCAACACAGCUGGUUCCCAAGUUGAGGUAAGGAAAUCGCUCGCGAAGCAACCAGCUAUACAUUUCAUCACACGGAGGAUGUGCAUUUGACACAGAAAAAUUUAUCGAUGUGCGGCGAUAGCUUGCAAAGGGCAAGCCCUUGAAAUCAAUCAGAUUAUUUUUGAUAGCAAAAAAACAUGAUGCUGCUUUUAUAUUCUUAAAAUUGUGGCAAUGUUGGAGACAUGAGACAAACGGAUAUACAAGAACACCAAAUGUCGGCUCUUCUAGAUGUAUGUGGAAAUGAUACUGGCUCACCAUCGAUAUCAAAGGCUGAUGAUAAUCUGUCUAACAGUGAUGGGCCCUUGAUUAAGGGUCUUAUGAGCCAAAAUAGUUGCAGCAACGUGCGCGCACGGACAAUCGGUUCUUCCUACAGUAUGUCAACAAACGAAAAAUCCAUGAAAAAGCGUUACUGCCUUUGGACCUUAACUUUGGUUCUGGCAGUAAUCGGCCUCUGUAAUCUUUUCCUGAAUAUCACUGUCAUUGCUGUUUUACGCAUCAGCCAAGGAAUGGAGGCCAUAGAAGUAAUACCUGACGAAAAUCUCGUAAAGUUUUAUGGAAAAACCGAUUUAGACAAGAUAUCGCUGCAAUCGGGAAUCUGUCAGAGUUACGGCGAUGAACCGAUGGAGAUAUCUGGUGACAGCGCUGGGAUACGCGUCGAUGUGAAUAGUCGCAAUCGCGCUCACGAGGUGCAACCUCACUCGAAACUUGGCGUUCUACCGAACGGAACCACUGUAUCAGAAGUAGAAUCAUUUGAGAUGAAGGAUCCGCGUACAGGCGCUAUUUAUUUCACCACCGAUUUCCCGAAUUUUGGUCUGCCGAGCGGUGUCAAAAUAAUCGACGUGAAGAUCACAGAGACCCACCGAAUCACGUCGCCGGUCAACGAGAGUUUAGAAAUUACAUCUGGGAGUCAAAUCUCGUUGCACGGCGCAGAGGGUGUGUGGGUCGAAAGCAAGGACGUCGUAUGGAGUGCCGAUAUGGAUGUCUUCCUGAAGAGUGUGAAUGGUAGCAUCGUGCUGGACGCAAAGGAUGGCGUUUCCAUCGACGUGGAGAAUAUCCCGGUAGCGCCGAUGUUUUUGCCGAGUCCUGUCACAAGUCACGAGCAGUACAAGGUCUGUGUGUGCAUGCCGCAGGGCAAACUUUUCAAGGUGCCGGUUCGACCGGGCACCAGUUCUCGCACAGUCAAUUGCGCACGAAUCGCCAGAACCACGGAGAAUGAUCCUUGUUUACACUAAGCUCUGAACGAAGAUUGUCUACCGUGUAUUUUGUCACAAAUUCGUUAAGUGACGUGCAUAUCACUGCCAAGUGAACAAACCAUAGAUGCAUAAUGGAAGCACAUUCGGGACCUACAUAUGCAUCUGUAGACAAUUGCCCGAGAUAUUUACAUAAUAUUAUUUACACACAUGGUCAUUAAAAUAUUUUUUAACAAAAGAAAAAUUUUUCUAAUCCUAAAAUCUUUAAAGAUCAAAUCUUCAUGGCAUCUACAAUUCUAUAUAAAGUUGCAUAGAGACAAAAUAUUACACAUAUAGAAAAGAGUUUGGAGGAAAAUCAGUUGUACAACUGAAUCUUUAUAUAUUACGCACUGUCAUUUAUUUUAUAUACGUCACAUUUUGUAUUUCAUGGACACAUUCGGUUUCGCUAAUGCAUUGUCCAUAAUAUCGAUCAUGUAAAAGUGUAAUUUUAAAUGUUAACUGAGAUUUUUGUUACCGUCAAAAUGUAUGUGCAAAUAUUAAAUACAAUACAUUUUAUAAGAAACA